CGGUUGGCGGGGGGUAACGGCCGCGCCCCGGUCCCGCCUCCCUCCGUCCCUCCGUCCGUGCCUCCCUGCCGCCGGUGCCGUCCCGUGGCAGCCGCCGCCCGGCCGCCGCCGCCCAGCCAUGGCGAGCGGGGAGCGCCGGCAGCCGGAGGCGGGCGGGGAGAGCGACGGUGGGCAGGAGCGGCCGGAGGCUCGGCGGCAGGCGGCGGCGGCUGCCGAGGUGCCGGGCGGGGCCGGGGCGGCGCUGCUGGGCGAGACGGGGCUGGCGCUGGGCUGCUGCAUCGCGGCGGCGCUCAGCUGGGAGAGGCCCCUGCGCAGCCUGGGCGGCUUCAUCUGCGCCAACCUGCUCUUCUGGUUUGUUGCUCUGACCCCUUGGAGAGUGUAUCAUCUGACUUCUCUCAUAAUACUUGGAGUGCUAGUUCUUCAGAUAAUAAAGGAUUUGGUCUUGUCUAGGAUAAAAGGUGCACAGCUCUGGAGGAGAAUCACUGACAACUGGGAAGUCAUCAGUUCCAGGCAGGACUACAGACUCAGAAUAAAUCAGUGCAUUUCAGAAACACUGAUGAAUUUAUUUGUAUUUCUUCAAGAAAUGUCCCACUUCAAGGAACAAAACCCUGGCAAGUUUUGCCUACUCGUCUGCAGUGUAUGUACAUUUUUCACUGUCUUGGGAAGUUACAUUCCUGGAGUUGUCCUCUCCUAUGUCCUGUUAUUGUGUGCCUUUUUAUGUCCCUUCCUCAAGUGCAAUGAAUUUGGACAGAAAUUGUGCAACAAAAUCAAGUCUGUUCUGAUGAAACUAGAUUUUGGAAUAGUGGAAUACAUUAACCAGAAGAAAAAAGAGAGAUCUGAAACAUCAAAAACAAAACCCACAGAAGAUGACAGUGAAUUAGACAUAUCAGCCCUCUGUCCUAAGGUUAGUCCUGCUGUUGUUGCCAAAGAGCUGUCAGUGUCUGACACAGAUGUAUCAGAAGUAUCUUGGACCGAUAAUGGGACCUUUAACUUAUCCGAGGGGUAUUCUCCACAGACAGACACAUCUGAUGAUUUUGACCGACCUAGUGAUCACGAGGAAGCUUUUGCUAGAGAUCUCUCAGAAUUCCCUUCCUUAGAAAAUGGUGCAGGAACAAAUGAUGAUGAUGACUCAAGCAUUGGUAUGCCCAUCCAGCAAAAAAGAAAAAAAGAACAAACAUAUUUCAAGGUGGAUCAUUCUUCCAGACAGAGUAAAGAGAGACCAUCCACUGCAGGGCUCUGUUUGCCUUUGACCAGUGACCAAACCUUUAAUUUAAUGAGUGGAAUUGCUGGGGAUGUCAUCGCAGCUGCAGUGUCUGCUGCCAUCAAAGACCAGUUGCAGUCUGCACAGCAAGCUCCAUCACAUGCGGUGCCCAGUUUGAGUGAAGAGACAGACACGGAGGAAGCCGAUGAUUUUGAACUGCUUGACCAGUCUGAGCUUGAGCAGAUUGAGAAAGAAUUGGGACUUUCACAAGGCCAAGAAGCAGAAUCCCAGGAGAAAAAGAAGUCUUCAGGCUUCCUUUCAAAUUUGCUUGGAAAUCAUUAACCUGGGAAUUGCGGUUGGUGACACAGAAGAAAUGAAACACAAAACACACACAAAAUCAAAUGCAAAAAAGGAAAAUUCUGAGCUGUAAGCUUUAACUAUUACUUUAGAUGUGUUGUAAUAAUUUCCCUUAUGCAGAGUGAAUUAACUGGAUAAAUAUCAGCUGAUACUGAUAGUUUAAUGUUUCUGGUAGUUAAACCUCAAUGUAAUAGCAUGGAAAUGAAUUAUCUAUCCACUGUUUGGUUGCAGAUGAGUGUUGGAGGUCAGUUGUUCAAAAGGUUUGGGGAAGAGGUUUUUUUUUCUUUUUAAUCUUUUUGCCAAACAUACAUUUUUGGGGUCCUUAGCCAAAGUUUCAACAUCGGCAAUUUAUUUACUCUCAGUUGCCAACCAUGGUUGGCAAUCAUAAUGGUUCACACAGCAAGGAUGAGUUAUCAGAGGAUUGCGGUGAGAUUAAGUCUUGCCUCCUUCAAUCAUACUGAAACGUAUGGAGCCCUACAGUUACCAUUAGGUAUAGUGCAUCUACUAUUUAUGAACAUGUUAAUCAGCAGAACUCUAGUUUAACUGUGUGCAAUACUAUCAUCAGAGGACUUGAUUUAACACUUAAAACCUUUGAAUUAUUUUGGAUAUGGUGAUGCAUUUCCAAGUUUUUUGCUGUUUUAGGCUUGUAGAGUUGUAAUGUGGCACACUAUUUGACUGACCACCUGCUGUGUUCCGUGAUAGAGUCUGGUCCUUGGCAGUAUUGCCUGUGUAAAGUCAGCCAAUACAUUUUUAUAUUUAAGAGUUAAUAUGUAAACUGAACAGCCUUUUGGGGAGCAGGUGGGGUAGUUACUGUUUGGAGUAGGGAAGAUAUAAGAGAAGCAAAGAGAAGGGCUUUUUUAGCUGCCACUUCUGUAAUUCAAGAUUCUGUGGGGUUGGGUUUUGUUUUGUUAUUGUGUUUUUUUUGUUUGUCCCCCACCCCGGAACAGCUGCCAUCACUUGCAACAAAAGUUGUGUUGCAAGCUGGAUCUCUUAAUACACUUGAAGUAUUCAGUGUGGUCAUUCGCUAUAGAAGUCACUCAGAAUCUUCUUGGCACGUAAAUUAGUAAAAUAAAAAUGAACUUGUUUAAAUUAUUUGUCAUUUUAAACUCCAUGUGUGCUCAGUGAAUGGCAUGGGAUCUUAAGCAGGUUACUUGUUUGACUUUUCGUAGGGCUUUUUUGUUCACCUUUAAUAUAUAAUCAAAUUGUAAUACCAAGCAAUAGUAAUCAAAGAAGUAGGAAGAAGUAAAGCUAGUUUUUCUAAUGUGAUGUAAACAGUUAGCAGAGUCGAGGGACCAUGUCAGCUGCUACUACUACUCAAGUAAUUUUCCAUUUGCUGGCAUUUUAAGAGGUGAAUACUGUCAUCCAGGACCCUCAGAAAGUACAGCAACGGAGUGUAAAAAUGUUCACUAACAUAUAUGUGUAGGUAAACCUGUGUUUAACUCCAUUCUUUUUUUUUUUUUUCCUGACGUGAAAAAGUAGGCAGAUGGCCGAACAGAUUGUAGCUAAAGAAAAGAUGCUGAUAAUUUUUGACACUGGCUUUAUCGUUGCUUGUGCUUUUGUGUCAGUAAUGCAUAUUGAUUGUGUUUGCUGUCCUUUACCGGUAAAAAAGUGAGCCUGUGCCUUCAUUAUCCAAUCCAUUUUGAAAUAAGCAGAUGCCAGAUAUAGAUCCCAGAAGAUGCAGCUUUUGAAAUGGUAACAUCUUAACAUUAAAAACAAGUUUCUGGAAAUUAUUUUAGAAAUGUGGCCACAUCGCUUUCAUACUGUUAGUUGUUAAGUUUCCUUUUCAACUUCCCCAAGUCUGUCCUUCCCAUUUGGAAAAACAAAAACAAAAGAGGCUUUUGCUGAAAAUCAGUAAGUUCAAAGGCCAUUUAAGUUUCUCAGACAAGUUAAAAAUGUUGUCUCCUUGCUGCAUGUAUAGGACAAUCUAUAUAUUAAGAAGAGUACAACUUCCAAGUUGCUGACAAGACUUUGCAGGGUACCUAGGCCAACCGUGCUUCCCAAACAAGGGCACUCGCUGGUGCCAGAAGAUGCAACAGGCGCCAGGACAGGGAGAACUGGAGAGGCAGCAGCGCUUAGCGAGCUUUGCUGAAGCGGGUGGAUGAGAUAUGCGAACUAGCUGUCGGUGGCGGCAUCGCAACAGCGUGCACUUUAUUGUUGUUUUAUGAAGAAUGCCGUGGUUAUAAAAGUACCUAACACAGGGGUGCUCUUCUAGAAUAAUUAGAUCAAGAAGAAUAAGCAGUUGGAGGAGUUUCUCAGACUUUUUGUAAGUGAUCCAUUUUCUGGUUUCAACAUAGAAAAACAGAUCCAUUUUUCUUCAAUAAAGUAUGAGUCACUUUUUUUUUAUGGAAAGUAAAAGCAAAACUUGAGCAAGCAAAUCAUUAAAGCUUAGGGACAUAAUUAAUUACUUAUUUGCCUGUCUUGAAUUUUGUCUGUUCUCAUGGUAGUUGAUUACAUGGUAUUUUUUUUUUAUUCAAGCCCCUAAAUACUGUGAAAGGAGGUAAUUCUCUAAUACUUACUAUUCCUCCUAAGAUAGUGGAAAGAUGCUUAGUUUUUGUGGAAAAUUACCCCUACCCUCCUAAGCAAGUGCAGGUAAGAAACCCUUUGCUCAGACACAAUACAUUCCACUGCCAAUAGUUGGAAAGCAGAACACAAAGAAAACAUUUCUCUCCUUUGUGAGAUCCCUUCCACACCAUGUUUAGUUGGAAAUCACAUGAGAAACUUUCAUUUUGCUGUAUUCUAACAGCAGCCGCGACGUAGCUGUUAUGUACAAAUGCCUGUCGAGUAAUCUGCCAGUGGUCCACAAAGUCUUUGCAACUAAGCGUUGCCAUCAUCUUCCAAAAUUAAAAAAAGUAAGGCAGGAAAAAGGGCAAGUGAGUAUGGGAUAGGCCAUGGCUUUGGAACGUGCUUUUGUUACAUAGGAGGCCUACUUUCGGACAAUUUCCAGGCAAAAACCAGCACAAUCAGCGUGGAGGCUGUGGAUCACAGAGCACAGACGUGUGAGCAAGCGACCAGGAGGUAAUGCGAAGUGUGAUCUCAUGGGAUCUGUGCGAUGCAGGAGCUGCCCACGUGCGUGCAGCUCUGCAUCCUCUGCCUCCAGUCACGUGGUUCACGUUCCUCCUUGCCUUUCAGUGGCUUCUUCACGUACCCGCACCUGGAGAAAGCUACGUGUGUUAGGGCAGGGUCUGUGGGAUGCAGCUCACUCCUUCGUACUCACAAAAUUUCCCUGUGUGCUAUUACAUCUGAGUAAUCAAUACUGAAUUGGUGGCCUUACAUGCAUUAAGUCCAGAAUAAAAGCACUUUUCAGUGCAGAGCACUUCUCCUUGUGCAUGUGCUAGACAUUUACUACGAAUCUUGCUCUUGAAAACAAAAUCAUUCUACACAGAGGAGGAGGGGAAAUAAUUUUAACCCGAAGUAAUAGGAUACAAGACAAUACUUGUUUUACUUGCUUUUUGUUUGUUUUGCACUUUUCCAGACUGUUCAUCUAAGCGUUCAGAACAAAUUCACUGUAGUCCAAGUGCUUGUUCUUAGCUUAAGAACAGUGUAACAGUCUGUAACACCUUGACAGGUAACCAGAAACUGGAAAAUUACAAAAUGUCUUUAUUUAAAAUAUUUUGCAGCACUUUACCUAGCUUGAUUACUAUUUUGUAAACAUGGAAUUAUUAUAUUGAUUGUUUGUAAAACCAUUUAAUAAAUAUGUGUUAGUUUUUAUCUUU